AUGUUCCAAAUUACUCCACAACUCUUCGAGAAAAUUAAACACUUUGCAAGGUUCCCUCAAACGGGCGUGUCUUUACGGCAAAUGGUCAUGUUUGGUCAACGGCCGUCUCCAGGAACCUUGUUUAAAGCAAGCCAGUUCUUGCAUGAGGAAUUACCUAUUCGCCUUGCUCAUCGCGUGAAGGAAUUGGAAGAGCUGCCACGUGGAUUGAACAAGAUGCCAUCGAUUCUGAAGGUCAAGGAUUGGUACGCAAAUUCAUUCAAGGAUUUGAUCGAUUUGCCUCAUCCACAACUUUCGCGAGACACCAAAGAGCAAUUGAAAAGAGUACAAAAGAGCAAUGAUGCACGAUCCCUCCCACCCAGUGUUCCGAAUCCAUCUCUCAAACCAUUACCCGCUUUCAACAACACAAUCCAUCCUGGUGUUCCGAUUGGUCACAGAUAUUACAACAAUAUGGAGGAAGUGAAGUGUACACCCGAGAUGCUCGAUUAUACAGAGACCUUUGUACGUACCAUUGAAGCCAUCAAACGAAGACACGACCCUGUGGUGACGACUGUUGCUCAGGGCAUCUUGGAAUACAAGGAACAAAAGAAAUCACCCAUCAUUGAUACGGAUGUGCAAGCUUUCCUCGAUCGGUUCUACAUGUCACGUAUUGGUAUUCGUAUGCUUAUUGGACAACAUUCGGCAUUAUACCGCCUUCCCUCUCGGAAAGAUUAUGUCGGCGUCAUUUGCACCAAUACCAACAUUCAGGAGAUUGCGCUCGAUGCGGUUGCCAAUGCAAGGUUUAUUUGUGAAGAGUACUAUGGUCUUUUUAAGGCUCCUGAAGUACAAAUGUUUUGCCCUGGAGAAAUCGAAUUCAUGUAUGUCCCAUCUCAUCUGAAUCAUAUGCUCUUUGAGCUACUCAAGAAUUCCUUGCGUGCCGUUGUGGAACGUUUUGGCAUGGAUUACGAAGACGAAUAUCCUCCCAUCAAGCUAAUCAUUGCUCAUGGCAAAGAGGACAUCACAAUCAAAAUCUCGGAUGAAGGCGGUGGUAUUCCUCGCUCUGGUAUCCCUUUGGUGUGGACGUAUAUGUAUACUACCGCUGAAGCACAAGAACUUGAACCCGAAUACAGUCGAUCCGAUUUCAGAGCACCUAUGGCAGGCUUUGGUUAUGGCCUACCCAUUUCUCGAUUGUACGCACGUUAUUUUGGUGGUGAUCUCAAGCUGAUAUCCAUGGAAGGUUACGGCACGGACGCAUACCUUCAUCUCAAUCGCCUGUCAAAUAGUGACGAACCUCUCAUGUAA